AUGCCUCCCACGCUUCGCAAGCGCAAGGCGCCUGAGCCUGUGCCUGCUCCUCCUGCGCCGAAAAAGGCCACCGCUGCUCCCAAGAAGGCUGCUGCUGGUGCUGCUGCUGCUGCGCCCAAGAAGACGGCCGCAUCCAAGAAGGAGGCUGCGCCCAAGAAGGAAGACACGCCCAAGAAGGAAGACGCGCCUAAGAAGGAAGACGCGCCCAAGAAGGAUGUCGCUUCGACUGCGACUGCGACUGCGACUGCAGCAGCAGCUGCUGCUGCACCAGCGCCGACCAAGGGCUCUAAGCAGGUUGCUGUCGGCGAUGUAGUCGACCUCGACGGCUUUGGCGGCGAGAUCGAGACCAAUGACGGCAAAAAGACGACGCUCAAGAAGCUCGUCGACGAGAGCGAGUCGGGCGUGGUCCUCUUCACCUACCCCAAGGCUUCUACGCCGGGAUGCACAAAGCAAGUCUGCUUCUUCCGCGAUGACUACGCGCCCCUCACCGCUGGAGGGCUCGCCAUCUACGGCCUGAGCGCCGACUCGCCCAAGGCCAACACCGCCUUUCACACUAAGCAGAAGCUGCAGUAUCCGCUUCUGUGCGACGCAGACUCUACUCUGAUUGGCGCUAUUGGCCUCAAGAAGAGCCCAAAGGGAACGCAGCGCGGCGUGUUUGUCAUUGACAAGGCAGGCAAAGUGCUUGUUGCCGAGGCUGGCAGCCCCCAGGGCACCGUGGAUCGCGUCAAGGCGCUCGUCGAAGAGCUUGACAAAUAA